UAUAAAUUAUCCAAUGGAGAAAAAUUCAUUUAUCAUCAAAGGAAAGAGCAAUACUCCGCUUCAGAUCGAACAGAUGCAAACCCUGGAUGACAACCAUAUAACUUUAUUCACAACUAAACAGAUCCAGAUGCAAGGACCUAUAACAAAGGAACAGGUGGCAAAUAAUAAGAAGAUAGAUGAUUGAAUACAAAAUACAAUUUCAAGACCUCACCGAACUCGUAGGGCCUCUUCCAUAAGUAAAGAGAGCCCAAAAAAGACUUUAAAAAGGAGGCCGUCUAGUAAGAAACUUCCUCCAUUGAAUGAAAAAGCUAAAGAGUCUAUGAAUAAAUAAGGAAAUUAUUCUAAUGAAGACCCUUCUGGAUCUUCCGCCUCCAUUUGUCACAAGCCGGUGAUGGGUCGUAGCUGAUGGUAAGAACGGCCAAAUUCUAUUCGGACGACUAGAAAAUGAGAUAAGAGAGAUAGCCAGUCUUACAAAGAUUCUUGUAUGCUUUACAGUCUUAAGAGUUUGAACUAAAAUGUCAAUCGACUUAAAAUCAACAAUUAUUGAAGUAACAGAAGAUGCAUCAUCGAUAGGGGGCACUUCAGCAAAGCUAAAACUCGGUGAUUGACUGUCAAUCUGGGACCUCCUCCACGGCCUAAUGCUUCCUAGUGGUAACGACGCUGGAUACCUCCUUGCAGAACAUUUCGGUCAGAUUUUAAAAUAAAGCUGGCAAGGAAAAAGGCAUCAUAAAACCAAAGAAGGAUUUAAAAGAGAAUUCAACAGAUGCGAACACCGAAGAACUCGAAACUACAGAAAGCAAAGAAUCUGACGAUGAAGAAGGGCCAGUAAAAUCAAAGUAUCUACACAAAUUCUCAUGAUUUAAGUAUGGUUAUGCCAAAUAUUUCUUAAUGGAAAUGAACUAUAUCGUUCGUGAAGAAUUAAGAUGCAAAUAACUCCUUCUUUGACUCACCCCAUGGACUGAUGAACAGAUGGAAUACCUCAACUGCAUCUGAUUUAGCCAAGAUUAGUUCCAUUUGAUUAAAGAAUUCAAACUUUUCUAAGAUAGUAAAGUUGAAAAGAUAUAAAUGAUAUUCCAAGAAGCCUCAGGAUUAUGAUAAAGACUUCCAAGGCAUCGAAUUCAAGCCAAGGUAUUACUGAUGGGAAAAUACAAAUAAGUUGCUGUGGAAAUUAGGCUUUAAUGGACUGAAAACUGGAAUUACUCCAACAGCAGGCCCUUGCUUAGCAGCCAGCUACAACUGAUGUAUCACCAAGGAUCAUUACAUUAUCGUUCUUCUCAACUCAAAGUCAAUGGAGCAUAGGUGGAACGAGGUUUCAAAGCUGAAAGCAUGGGCUUGUGCAAGAAUGAGAAAAAUAAAAAAUAGUAACAUAUUUCUGGAAAGUUCAAUCGUUGAGAAGAAAAGUCCGUUUGCACCUAUAAAUUCGAAAAUUUUAACUAAACUUAGGCAUCUUUAAUAUUGUAAGAAAUAAAUAUUCUUGA